AUGUACAAUAAAAAUACCAGGGAGAUGACGAGAUGCCAGCUCUCGGGUUGCUCAGCCGACCUUACCUACAUGUCAGCACAACAGCGACAGGCUCACUACGAUUCUCACUUCAACGAUUCAAAUCAGAAACAAUUUGAAGCCUCGAGUUCAUCUGGUCCUUCCAACGCUGAGACUGCCUCGAAGGCUUGGGUCCAUCUAUGCCGCACAAGCAGUGAGGAUCGGAAGAUCAUUCCCGCUGGGGGAAACGUUUUCUGGCAUUCCUCUCAGUCAAGUCCUCCCCCGCCCAAUUUCAGCCCAGGAUUAAUACCUGUUGUCAAAAACGCCUUAAUCAAGUCCCAUUCCAAAGGAUAUACGCAACGUGCCUGGCUUUGUUUCGACAGAGUUGCUCAUGUCUACGGGGAACAGUUUGACCGGUCAUGGGGCUGUGGAUACCGCAACUUUUUGAUGGCGUGCACAGCCCUGAUGGUCCAGUCGGGACAGCCUAUGUAUUUUCCUCUGUUGGACGAUCCAACGCCACCAGGGGUCCGCAAUCUUCAGUCCUGUAUUCAAGAUGCUUGGAGUAAAGGAUUCGAUGCGGAAGGAGCCAAAGAAUUGAAACAUCAGCUUGUGGGCACUCGUAAGUGGAUAGGGACAGCAGAGCUAUAUGUCGCUUUUACAUUUCGCGGGAUACCAGCGCGCUUAGUGGACUUUGACUUGUCAAAGAGAGGACCGGAAAUUCUACUUGAAUGGGUCGCCCAGUAUUUCUUUUCAGGGGUGCUACAGCCAAAGCAGACCAAUGCCUUUGAUGUGCUCCGUGGCGCACAGGCUGUUGUGGACACAGACAGGAUGCCUCUGAUUCUCCAGCACGCUGGCCACUCGCGAACCAUCGUCGGGUAUGAGCAGUGCAAGAAUAGCAUGAUCAAUUUGCUAGUGUUCGAUCCCUCGAGGCGCAUCCCGGCAGAUAUACGAAGGGUAGGGAUUUUAAGCCACACUGCAGCAGCGGCCGGUGGCACGCCAGAUAAAUUCCAUCAGGUGCUACAUCCAGUACAAACCACACAAACGCACAAGCGAAAGGCAAGUCACAGAUUGCUCAACGAUCCUUCGAAGAGAAUGCGUGCGGCAGCGUCCGCCUCGCGUCCUGGACAGGAUGUUAUUGUUGUCAGCGACGACGACGACGACGACGAUGAAAAGGACAGACAUGAACUUGGCCCAGAUCCCAGCAAAGUACUCAAGAUCUUCAGACUGAGCACGACCACGCUACGGAGGAAGGAUAAAUACCAGAUCCUCUAUUUUCCGCUUGAAGAUCCUCUCACUGAAUCUGAACGUCGGGCCCGGCGGGUUGUGACCUCCGCUGUAGUUCGAUGA